UUUACAGGUCAGUUGUGGUUUUUCUCCCAUCAUCGAUGACCAGCGACAAAACAAGCCCUAUGACGAAAGUACCCCGGCAAAUAGUGCUGUACAUCUCUCUGGUAGUGAUUAUGACGGGUUGUGUCGAUAGCGCCGCCGAGACCAAUAACGAUUACGAGCGAAAUGUGAUGAAAUUGAUAUUCGACUUUAUCGUCGACUAUAAACGAUUGAAGUUUGGCAUAGUUUUUACGUGCACUGAGAGGCCAUUCGCGUUUUACGAUGUGACAAAACGAUUAAUGGAGGGAAACAUUAGCCUCCGAGCGAUUAACAUCGACGGUUAUGCUGCCACAGGAGAUGAAUUUGCCAAUGCUGGAAAUGAUCUGGAUGGGUUGAAGUACGCAACGCUCAUGCGAAAUAUGAUAUCGUACCAUCAAUUUGUUCUUUUGGAUUUGGAGUGUGCUAACUCGAACGUGGUUCUACAUCAGGCUUCCCGGUAUGAGCUUUUAAAUGGUUCGUUUCACUGGUUAAUAAUUGAUAAAAAACCAAACGUCGACAGCUCCAUCGGCACCGCCAACGCAUUUGCCAGAACGAUAGCAGUGGCCGCAUCAGACCCGGAAAGAUGGACCAACGAGUACCGAUAUCGCAGCGCAGAACACGGCCCAGGCUGCCACCCAUUGGCAAAUUUUACAAAACCUUCCAAUCCGCCCGGUGAACAUUAUGGCUUGACUGCAGCAGCCAAUCGGGACCAAGAGCGGCCUGGCGAUGACGAUGAUGCUGUUGGUGAUUAUUACGAUACUGGUCCGGUUGAUGGCGAUGUAGUUGAUGAAAUUUUUGGUCGGUUCGAAACAAUGAACAUCAGUAUCAACGCGGAAAUUACGUUGGUAAAAGCAUUGGCAGGAGAUGCAUCCCAUCGGGACUUUGCGCUGUUCGAUAUAUGGAAUCCGGGCUUCAUCAGUGGAGGCCGUCUGAACGUAACCGCCAUGGGAAAUUAUACCGCGGAUCAGCACCGUGACGGAAACGGGUUGCUUUACGUGCGUUUCCGGGAGAGCACCGUCGUACGCCGCAGGGACAUGAAUGGGCUUAGGCUGAAGAUAAUGACCGUUGUGACGCAGAAGCCACGCGAGCCGUUUGAAGUUUACCUGUCGACGCCGAAAAACACCCACCUGGACUCGGUGCACCGGUACAACUUUGGGCUGAUGAGCUACUUGAAGGAUUAUUUCAAUUUUAGGUUCAUUAUGAGACGGACCAAAAGCUGGGGCUAUCUGCGGAAUGGCACUUUCGAUGGGAUGAUUGGUGCAUUGGCCAGACGGGAAGUCGAUCUCGGAGGGUCACCAAUGUUCUUCCGACAGGAGCGGCACCGGGUGGUCAGUUACACGACUCGUUCGUUCAUCGAAAGGCCAUGCUUCAUUUUUCGACAUCCAAGACGGCAGCAAACGAUGCGAAACCCGUUCCUGCUACCUUUCGAAACCACGAUCUGGUACAUGAUGGUGGCUUGUGGCGCAAUUCUAGUCGUGGUCCUGUUCACCAGUUUCUACUUUGAGGAUUCAGGCUUUGUUCGCAGAGGAAAAAGUUCGAUACACGCUGCUAACAAGUUCGGCUCUUUGAAAAUUGAAGAUGACGAAAGUUAUUACGGAGAUAGUUUCCAUCUCAAUGGCCCCAGUAUCGGAAGGCGGCUUCCCGAGUCACAAGAACUGCAGCACCAUCGGCGACAGCAAUGGAGUGAUAACACAAAGGAAAAUGUACUUUUUAAUGACACAAAUAAAAAUAACGACGAUGAUCCUCGCCAUCAUCAUCAUCAUCGUCACCUCCAUCGACUUCUUGAGCACAGAAAUCGUCAACGGUGGAAAACAUUGAGCCGGAGGCAUCUUUUCAGUGAACGUCAACUACAGCGGAAAGCUUCGGCAGCAGCGUGCGCAAAUAACAGUAGCGAAAACAUCAACAUCAAACCGGUAAAGGCGGAAACUGGUGCUGGCAUUAGACGAGGCUUCCAGUUGCAACAAAGAAUACAGCUUUUUCAGCGGCAUCCAUUCAACAACAGCAAUAACAACGAUAAAGACAGCGACAAUCGCGUGGAUGUCGUCGGUGUCAAACAGGAUGCACGCAAAAGCAAUUCCGCGAACAGCAAUUAUAAAGCGGAAAAAUUUUCGAAAAGCAUUUUGCUUUUCCUCGGAGGUGUCUGUCAGCAAGGACUCUCGGAGAUACCCCAUCUGCCGUCUGGAAAAUGUACAUCAAUGUUCAUCUUGAUCUUCGGCUAUCUGAUGUUCCAAUACUACUCGGCAACUAUCGUCGGAUCGCUUCUCAUGGUACCCCCUAAAAACAUCCGAACAAUACGAAACCUUAUCGACAGCAAACUCACCCUGGGUAUCGAAGAUAUUCCGUACAGUCGGGAUUACUUCGUGCGAACCACCGACGAGGAUUCUCUUGAACUGUAUCGCACCCGGGUGAGCUUCUACAACCCGAAAACCGGCCAGAACGAAUCGCAUUUCCUAAAUGCAGCUGAUGGAUUAGCUUUGGUGAAGGCCGGGGGGUACGCGUUUCACGUGGCCGUUUCGGCCGGCUACAAAAUCAUACGGGAAACGUUUAGUGAACGGGAAGUUUGCGAAUUGGCCGAAAUCGACAUGUUUCCCAAGUCGGCCCAGUGGAUGGUGGCAAUCGUGCAGAAAAAUUCACCCUACCGAGAUGUCAUAACGUACGGAUUACGACGCCUGAACGAAGCCGGCAUAAUGGACCACCAGAGACACGUUUGGCAGGAACCGAAGCCAAAAUGUGUGCGCAAAAUGGCACCGACGGAUCUGAUUGUUGGCCUGGAUAGUGUUUAUUCGGCGUUUAUCUUGCUGCUGGCCGGGGCGCUCGUGUCCAUUGGCUUACUGCUGAUUGAGAUACUGCAUCAUCAGUUGCGACUGGCGAAAAACGGCUGGCCAUCGAGACACCAGCAGCAUCAUCAUCAUCGUCAAUUCAAUGUCGGGAAUUUUCCGCAGCAGCAAAAGCCACCACUACAGGGACAGCAGCUCUGGGAUCAUGACUUGGUUUAUCCCUAUGUUGAUUGAAUUGAUUUCGGUUGGUUGAGUUCGAUUGCCGAGAGGAGAUAUUGUACAUUGUUGUGGUUCGUUUGGGCGAUGAUGCUGUAAUCUACAGAGCAUUGGUCGAAAAAUGUAAACCUGCAAACCUUUGCCGCAGAUUUCGUUUAACAUAAUGAAAAUGUAUUCGAGAGUGUUUCAGCCGCAUGUAAGUUCAAUUUACUCCGAGAAAUGUCCUAUUAUGCUGUAUGGUGUUUGUGCUUCAUGUCAGUAAAGAGAAAAUGCUGCAGUGCAUCCAUGAGUUUAGAUUAAAUACUGGUGAUUGUGCUCAAAUCUAAAUUUACAGCUUUUAUUAUCGAGACUUUCAGGCGGUGGUUGGCUCGUCUUGAAAAAAAUGCUCUAUAUAUUAAGGUUAU